AACAUUAGAGCUCGACUUUCGUUCUCGUUGUUCUUCAACAUUAGCUUACUGGCAAAAAACUUUAUCCAGCUGAAGUGAGACUACCUACUUUCCUAGUUACGUUACAGUAGCAAAGGCAAAUUAGCAAACGCUAGCUAGAUGAUUUACUGCUAUAUUCAUUGUGACCCUAUUAGAAAUUUUAGCUUCGACGGUUUUGUCACGUAUGACAACUUUAUGAGUUUAGAUCAUAGACUGUACAAAAUAAGGCCACAUAUUGUAAUAGCUAUCGCUAGCUUAACUCUAGCUGUUACAAAAAAUGUUUAACGCUAACUAUUUUAUAGUAGCUGACAGCUAGCUAGCUAGCUAACAUUAUAAUGUUAAGACAGGUUCACAAAGUCUGGGAGCGGUUCCCUUUAAUGGGGAUCCCAUUGUAUUUAAUUCGAUAUUUUAAAGCAGUUAGCAGAAGCUGGUGGCCAGCAGUGUAGCUGUAAGUUAGCUACCUGUGAAUAGCCAUCAGUCUUUUUGCCAUUGUUUACUCGGAUCACAGAUAUCGGUGUAACACCGCACAUGAGGAUUUUUUCGAUGGAUUUUGCAACCUUGGCGGAGUGUAAAGAAAUGUAGACUUUCCAGAGUUCUACACCAGAGAAGGAAACCAUGAGUUGUACUGGAGCUAAACCAGCUUAUUCCCAGGAAGGUGAUGAGCAUUUACAGACCAGCAGCAGCUCUAGGCCCACAAACCAGCAUCAUCAGCCGACUGAGGUCCGGUGUCUGUCAAGCAUCACAGCAGAUCAUUCAUAUGCCAAAUAUCUGAGAAGGAAUGGGACUGCUAAGCUGAGGAACGUACAAGAGGAUAUGAAACCUAUCUGCAGUGCUCUUAGGAAAACUACACCACGCACAGCUCAGAAGGACUUUCUGACAGACAUUAAACCAGAUGAAGUAAGAUGGCCCAAGUCAGUAGUGACCGCCACUGGCAAGACUCUCAGUCUGCAUGUUGUCAACCGAAGGAAUCGGUUUGGAGAGAGUUUGCUCCACAAGGCUGUGCUGCAGGGAGAUAUUCAGCUGCUAAAGGACAUUCUGAAGCUGGGACCAGAUGUCAGCAUGACUGACAAUGCAGGAUGGACCCCUCUACAUGAAGCAGCACUCUGUGGUCAUUAUGAGGCCUGUUUGGAUCUGAUUAAGGCUGGAGCUCUGGUCAAUGCUGCAGCACAUGAUGGAAUCACACCUCUACAUGAUGCCAUCAGAAAUGGACAUGAAACGAUUGCUGAGCUACUCCUGAAACAUGGUGCAAACCCCAUGCUGAAGGACAAGUCUGGAGAGAAUGCUUUUGGCAUUAAUACAGAUCCCUUUCUACAACUACAAAUGCUGAAAAACAUUCCUAAAGAUAACCCCCCUGCUGGAUCUGGAAACAGAAGAAGAGAAUUAGCAGUUGCAUCAGGAACAGAGUGUAUGUACAACACUAGAGGAUCACAGGUCAGUCCAUCUCAGAACGUCAGCAGCACCGCCAAGAAGGACGAGUACAUGCUGCCGAGCCAUCCACAUCGCUCCGGAGACGCUUUGGGACACAUUCAGCCAAAUCAACCUGGGAGUAAUGAAGACCCAAACAUGCAUACAAUGACCUACAAAGGAAGAGUUGUAUCUGUGACCAACGUCCACAGGAAAAAUUGCUUUGGCCAAACUUUGCUGCACAAGGCCGCCAAAGAGGGAAACACUCAAACAGUCCACCAGUUUCUGGAGCUGGGGGCUGAUGUCAACAUGGCCGACAAUGCAGGAUGGACCCCUCUUCAUGAAGCAGCACUCUGUGGUCACUAUGAGGUCAGUUUGGAUCUGAUAAAGGCUGGAGCUCUGGUCAAUGCUGCAGCAUGUAAUGGAGACACACCAUUACAUGAUGCCAUCGCAAAUGGCCAUAUGAAGAUUGCUGAAGCACUCUUCAAGCAUGGUGCAAACCCAGACAAGACAAACGAUGAGGGAAGAGAGAUCGCCUCGAGAAUUGCUGCACAACCCUUCCUACAUAAAAUAGUGGAAGAAAACAUGACUCAAAACAAAAGAGAGGAUCUCCCAGCUCUGACAUACCCAGAAAAUGUUAGCAUGGAAACUCACGAUGACACACAGCUUGACAGACAGGCUACAGAGAGUAAGGGAGAACCUGAACCAGAGGACACUGGACUGGACAUCUUCUCAACUGAUGCUGUUAUGCAGGAGAACCAGAUAAAUCCAAUGAGGGCCAACUCUCCACCUGCUCUCCUCCUGACACCAUCACCUCCACGGCCCUUUACCUCCAGCGGUAUUCCUCCUCCACAGAAAGGCCAGGACAUCCAGCUGUGUUCAACACCAGUGUAUGCCAGCGUGUUCCGGCCGAGUCUAGAGGACAACGACUGUGACAGUGACCAAACUGUGGAUUACCUUGGUGAUAGUUCAGAUGAGUCAGUGGACUGGGCUGUUAAAGCCACACAGAACUUUAACCUUGCCGCGGGCAGCAUGGAGGCACAUGUGGAAGAUAAACAUAUGCAUACCUUCCCUACUGAAAUGGUUUAAAAUAGUUAUGAUGCAUGUGAGCAUUGUUUCCACAUGAAUGUUACAUUUUUGUGUUCACAGAUUCAGGAGCCAGUUGGCUUUUCAGUAACUUUCUCAAGCAAACCCAGGAGUGAAAACGCUGUGACUGAGCAGAGAAUGAACUCUGAUCUUAGCUGUUUUGAAGCUGUCUUUAGAAUGAAUUGAAUUUGUGGUUUAUUACAUUAGCCAGGGUUGAUUGAUUGUUUGAUGUUCAGUAUUAUAUUGUGAAACUCUCUUCACAUCACUCAAUUGUUCUACCUUUUUUUCCUCCAGUAGUUAUUAAUUCAUUCUUUUUGAGUUAUGAAAUUAUUGCAGUGUUGAAACUUUUGUUUUGGAAAAGUGUUAUUAUUAAAGCAUUUCAGUAC